UCUGCAACAGGAAGGUAAUAUCAGACUCAAUAAGAGCCAAGAGGUAACUGGUAAGUACUAAGUACUCAGUCUCAGUAGUCCUAACUCCUAGACCUAGUCAGUUUACUGUCAGAGCCAGACCAAGACUUACGGAGCCUUUAAGAGUUUAAGCAACAGGAAUACAGGAUGAACAACGUUAGCUUAGCUCUCUUCCUGGCCAGGUCUGAUUGAAAUUGGCAUGUUAUUUUUGUAUAUGCCGCCGGCCUUUUGGAUAUGGAGUCGGAAAAGGACGACGUCGACCUGCUGGACCAGUACCACCACCUCGGAGUGCCUUCCCUCCUGGGACUUCUUUCAAAGAUUUUCGCUACCGACUCAGCCGGUGUGGACACAUACCUGGAAAAGGAACUAAAGAGGACGGCUUGGGAAAUGUUACUCAAGAAACGAUUCAUAGAGUCAACGAAUGUUGAUGAAAUACUAAGGAGUGAUGUUUUCUCUGCUGUUAUGUGGUUCGUGCAUGACGAAUGCGACAGAAAAGAUGAAAUCACCGAGAUAAUUUACAAUCUGGAAAUGUUUUUCCAAGAACAUAACCAACAUUGGGUCGAAGAUGCUAUUAAAGUAUUGCUAAUGGUGCACUUAUUGGGCCGCAGACAAAAAGUCAAAAUUGAAAGGCACAGCAAGGAAAUAUUUAAAGAACAUGUUGAUAACUGGGUUAAAAAAGUCGAACAAAAUGCAAGGCCACCGCAAGAAUUAUUCCCUCAUAAGCCAAGAUAUUUUACAUUCAAUCCUUGUAGUAUAAGUGAAAGCAUUCAAAACCAAAUAAGGCAACCAUUAAGUGGACUUCUGAAAGAAAGUCGGUCAUGGCCAGCAGAUGACGACUUUUCAAGCCUUAGUGAUAUUGCCAGUUGUUCUUCCCAAUCAAACUACAUAUUGGAUGAAGGGUUUGUAACUCCUGGCGAUGAUGUAGAGGUUUCCGAAAAUACUAUACCAGAACAAACAUAUCGAGAUAUUUCUGAGGAAGAGAAAAGCGAUUUUGUGCCAUUCACUGAUGUAAAUUUGUGUGAUAUUCCAAUAACUCGAGAUAAGGGCAAAUGGACACCUUUUCGAACAGUAUAUCCAAUCGAGCCGCCGUUUUUCUCUCUCGACAUUCAUAGUAUUCAUCAACAGAAGCAAGAUCAUUUGAUCUUCAUUCCUAGAAAUGAGUUGAUUAAUGACUUGAAGGUGCUAUUAUUAGGUGUUGCAUCAAACAGCUUUUAUAAGGAAAAUGAUCAAUUUUUUUUAAAGAAAAAUUUGUAUACUAACGGACUGAGCCCAAACGUUUUGAUAGAAGCUUGCAGAGAGUUUAUAAAAACAGGAGAAAAUUACCUAGCCCUAGAAGGUAUAUGCAAAGAAUUGGUGAAAAGCCCUUCACCUAUUUUAACAGCGAUAAAGCCGUGCAUAGACAAAUAUCGUUACAAAUAUCAGACAGUAAUAAGUACAUUUUCUCAUACCGAAAGUAUUUUACUAUUUCAAAAAUAUGUACAACCUCUCGCUAAACAGGUGAAUUUUCUUGUUUCUUGUUUAAGACCUCUGCCAGACGGGAUAGAAUUUCUUGGACAUUUAUACAAUUGUUUGUCAAAAAUGUCAACAUCGUCGUCUGUUUUUCACCUUGCAGCAAUUUUGUUUUACAGCAGUUGUGAAUCAUACUUUAGUGUGUUAGAUAAGUGGAUAUUUUAUGGGCAGUGCCAUCCGGAUUUGUUUAUAAAACAAAAUUAUAUGCCACAUGAAAUCACAAGCAGAGACAGCUUGUUAAAAGCUUAUACUUAUAUCCCGGAAAAAGCUCCAUGCUUUUUGCCUUCGGACAAAAUAUAUUUUUGUGGAUUAUACCUAAUAGUUUUGCAUUUGUGUGCAACGGACAAUUAUUUGACAUUUGACAAUAUAAAAAGACCUCAAAUUACUCUAUGCGCGAAUUAUAAGUCAUUCAAACUAUUGGAAGAAGAGUGGUUGCAGUAUUAUGAAAAGUGGUCAUCUAUGCAACCAACAACUUGUGGAUGGUUAGAUGAUUAUGAUAUCGAUUUAUCUGAAGUAGGAGAACAGCGAGAAAUUCAAGCAAACAAAAUUUUAAGUGACAUGAAGUUAGUGAGACAAGGCUUCUUUCAGAAAAAAAGAUUAGAAGAAUUAAAUUUACAAAGAGAAAUCCUUCAUUCUGAGUUGGAAACAGCUUUUAUAAAAUUUAAAGAUCACAUUAAUACUGAUAGGAAAUUAAAAGAGCAAUUUUAUGAAGAAGAACAGAAGCGGAUAAAUCUUCAAGAAACUCAAAGAAUUAAAUUGUGUCAUCAUUACAAGACCUUAAUGUCUGCAAGUGACAAAGCAAACGAUCAUUUUGAUUGGGUAACUAAACGGGAAAUAUUAUCUGGUAAAAGGAUGCAGUUGUUAAUGGAAGAAGAACCACUGUCUGUAAAAAAGAAUGAAACUGAAAGCCAAUGCUCUCAAGAAAACAUGACAAAUAACACUCCCAAUUCCCCUGAAGUAACAGUUGCUAGUGAUCAGGCUAGUGUUUUACCAGAUGAUCUGGUAAUGGUAGACGUUACUGUAGAGCCGAGCAGUGCACCAACUGAAAAUAGUGAAAAUGAAAAGAGCUCAAGUUUGCCGAAUGAAAGUGCCAGUUUGGUUAAUGAUUGUGUGAAAAUAGAUGAUCAAAUAAAGAACAUUUCAGACAAUUUCAAUCAAACUGAAUGUAUUUUACCUCAAAAUACUAGUGCUAAUGGAACAGAACACGAAACAAGCUCUGAACUUGAAUCUAAAGUAACAGAUACUACAAGCAGUUUCAACAGAAAGUAUUCGUACUCUGAUAAUUUCAGAAAUAAAUUUUGUAGUGUUAAAGUUGACGAUAUAAUGUCAAAAAAAGAACUUAAGGAUGAAUUUGAUAAAACUCAAAUUGACAGUAUUAUCUCUAAAUCCAUAUCACUCCCUUUAAGAAUACAGACAAAGUUGAUCAAUGAAUCGUUAUUAUACGUGUUUUGCAUUAAAAAUAAGUUGUUAUAUCACAUUUUGGCAUUACGAAAAUAUUUCUUUUUAUAUGAUGGUGUAUAUGGGGAAAAACUUUGCAAUGCACUUUUCAAUGCUAUUAAUAAAAAGGAACCAGCAGAACUUCUUACUUUCACAAAUUUAGGAAACAUAUUACAGGACGCUUGCGGUGACAAUGUGAAAGAACUUACUUUUCUAGUUUCCGAUACACCUCCAGGAUUUGAUCUCACAAACCCCCAGGUCCUUAGCUGCCUCAAUUUAAGUUAUAAAGCUGACUGGCCACUGAACUUAAUAUUAACAGAGAAGACCAUAAUAAAGUAUGAUACUGUUUUUUCUUUUGUCAUGGCUAUUGAACAAGCAGCUUGGUACUUGAAAAAACUUUUUUUUCUUCUCAGAGUUAAAUAUGUUGAUGUGGCUAAUUCGUUACAAUAUAAACAGAUACAACUUCAUCGGCAUGUCAUGUCACAGUUCAUUAGUGCAUUUAAAUGUUAUUUGGCUGUGGUUGUAUUUGAAUCUAGUUGGAGAAAUUUGGCAAAAGUCUUGUCAACUGUGAACAGUUGCGAAGAACUUUACAGAGCACAUAUAAACUAUCUAAAAGAUGUCCGUUUCAAGUGUUUCCUUAAUCAGUCAGCCAGCAACACCCUAGUACACUUAAUGAAGCUUCUGCAAUGUAUCUUGAUGUACUGUCGUGUUUAUGAAUUUGGGGAGAUAGAUAUCGCAUCUUCAGGAGAAUUUUUCCACAGUAAAUUUUCCAAAUUGAACCAUACUUUUCAGAAUUUCAUGUCUUUGGCAAAGUACUUUAUCUAUAUUAUUCAAUCCUACGCGCAAAAUAAACAACAGAAUCAUUUUGAAAUUCUACUCGAGUUUCUACACAAUAACUCGUUUUCAACAUCAUACGAUGUUAAAACCAAGUAUUAACCAGUGCUGUUCACACUCUUAUUUAACUAAGGAUAAUGUAAGUUAAGGAUGAAAUUAGUCUUUCAUUAAAUGCCAAAUGUGUCCUAAAUGUUUUUAAUAUUUAUUUUAACCAUGUUCUGUUUGUUAAAAUUUUAUAAUAAAGCAUAAAAAAACCUGCCAGGCUCAUGCUGGUUUCAAUCAUAUGUAAGAGCCCUCGUAUGUUAAUUAUCUGUAUCAAGUUUAAUCAAUUUAAUGAUCUGUAUGUGAAAUUCGGAUUACAUAGAUCGCCGGCGAUGAUAAAAAUUUAGCUAAGUAGUUGACGAACCCUAAAAAUGCUUGUAGGUUUUGAUCUUGAAGAACAGCUUUCACUUUUCAUCCGUUGAGUGCAAACCCUGUUCAUUGAUCUGGAACCCUAGAUAUUCGAUGGAAGUUUUCCCAUAUUUACACUUCUUAGAUCAAGUCAGUCCAGGAUCCUUAAACUUCUCCAGUACCAGGAUGAUUGUGGGGGGCCGCAGUAGCCGAGUGGU